CACCCUCCCUGCACGGGGCAGCGUCUCCGACGGGGCGGUGGUCUCGCUCGGCCCAGAGAGGGUACCCUCUCUCUGCGGGGGUCGGUGUCUCCGACGGGGCGGGCAUCUCUCUCGGCCCGGGGGUGAGCGGCGCCGGUUCGGAAGCCAGCGUGGCAGAGGUGACCGCGGCGGGAUGAACUGGACGGGCCUGUACACCCUCCUGAGCGGCGUCAACCGGCACUCCACGGCCAUCGGGCGCGUGUGGCUGUCGGUCAUCUUCAUCUUCCGCAUCAUGGUCCUGGUGGUGGCCGCCGAGAGCGUGUGGGGGGACGAGAAGUCGGCCUUCACCUGCAACACGCAGCAGCCCGGCUGCAACAGCGUCUGCUACGACCACUUCUUCCCCGUGUCCCACGUGCGGCUGUGGUCCCUGCAGCUGAUCCUGGUGUCCACGCCGGCCCUGCUGGUGGCCAUGCACGUGGCCCACCAGCAGCACGCCGAGAAGAAGCUCCUGCGCCUGGAGGGCCGCGGGGACCCCCUGCUCCUGGAGGAGGUCAAGCGGCACAAGGUGCGCAUCUCCGGCACGCUGUGGUGGACCUACGUGGUCAGCGUGGCCUUCCGGCUGCUCUUCGAGGCCGUCUUCAUGUACGUCUUCUACCUGCUCUACCCCGGCUACGCCAUGGUCCGGCUGGUCAAGUGCGAGGCCUUCCCCUGCCCCAACACGGUGGACUGUUUCGUCUCCCGCCCCACGGAGAAGACCGUCUUCACCGUCUUCAUGCUGGCCGCCUCGGGCCUGUGCGUCGCCCUCAACGUGGCCGAGCUGGUCUACCUGGUGGUCCGGGCCUGCGCCCGCCGGGCCCGCCGCCGCCGCGGCCACCGGGCCCGCGGGGGCUCGGGGGGCUUCGGCCACCGCCUCUCGCCCGAGUCCAAGCAGAAUGAGAUCAACAAGCUCCUGGGGGAGCAGGACGGCUCUCUCAAGGACCUCCUACGCCGCGGGCCGGGCUCGGCCCAGGCCGAGAAGGGCGACCGCUGUUCCGCCUGCUGAGGGGUCCGGACGGGGUGGGCCGGCCGUGGCGGGCGACCCCCAUUAAAAGAGGAUUUUACAGAAA